GCAGUGAGCCAGGUCUUCAGCGACGGAAGAAGUUUUUGCCUGUCGGUCCUGCUCAGUCCUGUAGCUCUCUGCUCUGUCCGUCAGAUCAACAUCACACCCCUCACUGAGGCGAUCAGCCAAGCUCACAGGACCCCACCUCCUGAUGCCCCUAGGAGCUCCUCAGCUCAAAGAAAGGGGUCACCUCUGGUCACAAAAUCACCAGCACCUCCUGUAUGUCAAGCAGAUACUGAGCCUCCGCCUGGACCACGACCUGCUGCAGACCCUGAACCCCCAGCUGAACCAAGAGCUGCAGAGAAAAAAUUAGUGAAGCCCCAGCCCUGCAGGUCUGACAGCCAACCACAUAGCACCAGCCCUUUGACAGCCCCCGAUCAGCAGCGUCCAUCAGCCAGUGAGGAGCAUGCGCUGAGGUGGAGGGCAGGGAUGAGGUCAGGAGGUCAAAGGUCAAGAAGUCAGAGAACAGAAUACCAUAGACAGUUCAGCUGGAAGAAACCUACAACUGCUACUUCACCUGUGCUGACUGCAGAACAGCAGCUGCUCUACUCAAGCAGCAGAGCUGUCCCUCCCUUUAAGAAGAAUCCUGUAUCCAUGGAAACAGAGUAUCAGCGGAGUUUCCAGGGUCAGGUCCCUCCCACUGGACCCCGCCUUCGUAAACACUUGGAACAUGAGAGAAUACCACUGUUCCACAUGAACAUGAGCAACAGGAAGAAGAGGGAGUCAUUAGAGAACAAGACCCACCCCAAACAUGAAAUCCCUGACUUGCAAAAAGAGGACAUCAGGUCACACUCACCACUAAAGGCGUCACCCCCUAUCCCUGCUUCUCCUCCUCAGGUUCAGAGGAGACACAGGAUGUUGACAGAAUAUGAGUCCAGCUUUCGUUCUCCUCUCUACAGGAUUCCAGAGGAAGGUGGAGCCAUGGAUGGAGGAACACCUCAGGUGAAGGAGCUGAGGCAGCAGGCGUUAUUGUACCGUCGUAGGGCCUGGGGGACGAACUUCUCCAGAGAUCACUUGAGCAGCUGCAGUCUCAACAUAACACUCUGUGGGAGCCAACAGACACCACAGACUCUGCCACUGACCCCCCCACCCCUCAUCAGUCCUCGGGGCAGGGCAGUGUUGCAGAUCCACACAGCUGUAGCCCCCCUGUGUGGAGGCCCUGGACCUGGCCAGCCACUCCAGCAUCUCCAGUCAUCGGACAUCUGUGUUGAGAUCAGGAGAUGGACGACUUCAUCAGACAAACAAAAACACACAAACAAAUGUACAAAAUCUCCAAGUCUCCCUCCUGAAGGUCUUUUGGCAGGAGAUGAAGAAGAAGAGACAGAUGAAGAGGAGGAAGGACGGUUACCGACGCCAAGGCUGAAGAUCCUUCCUGUUCAAAGAACUCACCAUGACCUCACCACACCUGCUACUGGAGGUGCUAUAUUAGUGGGAAAACUAAAGAGCACUGAUGAAUCUUCUCCAAACAAGCAACAGAGGUGUGGAACAGCUGUUUCCAUCGCAACGGGCGCAGAGAUAGCUGGAGACCGACCAGUCACAGUGAAGGAGGCGUGGCCAGAAAAUAAUAUCAGCCACCUCCCCUCCACUGGUCCUGCCCCCAACCACAAACCAUCCUCCAGUCCUCCUUGUAAAUCAAUCAGGAUGAAGCAAACACCACUGUCACCUGUAGCUCCGCCCCCAGCAGUUCCCCUACACUGUAUCCAAGGAACUCUGAGACACGCCGACUUCCAACACAAUGGUCAGUUGGGUUUGAGGUAAGAGUUGCAGAGUUCAAGAGGAGGCUGCGGUUCUGACGAAGAUGACCGGCUGUCAGUGAUGUCCUGGCGCUCAGCAGCUUCAUGUUCCAUGGCGUCUGCUGUCCUGGAGCGUGCUCAGAAGAGGAGAGAGAAUUUUUUGGGGAAAGAGCUGACCUUUGACCUCAGAUCCUAUGGCUCCUACAGCAUCACUGCAGUCACUUUGAAAACCUGCAUGUUGUUUUAUAGUUUUUAAUCACAAAUGUACAUUAACGACUUAGAAUUAUGUAUUUUUAUAGAUGUCUGAUCACUUUACAGUAUUUAAACAGUGAGAGUGUUUUUAGAUUACUUUAUACUUCAGAUUUUCUUGUAGAUGUAAUAAUUGCAUGAAUGAAUAGUUUAUUUUUAAAGUUGGGAACUGAAUCUAAUGUUAAGUACUGGAUAAAAAAAACUAUGUGCAUUUUGGUUUAUGUUUUUCAACUCUUAAUCACAAUAUUUAUUUAUUAUACCAAACAAAAGCUGCAUAUCUGAAAGAACAUGUGUAUCAGCCAACCAGGAUCUGUCCAGGACUGUGGCAUGCAUCAACACAAUGACAGGACCAGUUGUUUACGUAUGAGCUUGCAUGGAGCUGGAUCACGGUUAAAGAAAAGAAAAAGAAAAGUAAACAACAACAAGAUAAAGUACAGUGGAUGUGGAAAGAAGCUAAUGAUCUGUAAGUCAUUUUUUAUUGGUUAAACUUAACUCUUUCUGAGGUAUUUGUUGAUGUUGCGUGAAGUGGGGGAGGGGGUGGAUAUCCAAUUGGUCGCAGACAACAUUGUUCUUUCAGAUUGAUGAAAAAAUUGUUAAAGUAUCACACCAAAUAGUUAGCUUACCUGCAAAUAAAGUAUGUGUGCAGAAUACUGUUUUACUACUAAAAUACAGGACAAAUCAUGAUAUGUUGGAAGUUGGAACUACAUUCCAACUUCUAGUUAGUUUAAUGAAUUGCUUUUUAUGAAUCUUUGUUAAUGGUUUUUAAUAUCAAUGGAUUGUACUAUUUAAUUGGAUGCAUUUAAUACAUCUUAGAAAAAUGGUAAAUACGGUUUACUUUGUGAAUGUCCAGUUAACGCUGAAGAAAAGAUGAUUUAAACACCAGGUUUUACUAGUUGGUAGAUGAAGAGGUGAAUUCAUAUGAAUGAUGAGAAGAGUCUGAACUGAUAAGUCAUCAUAUUGACUAAAGUUUAAGUGAAUCGGUUGUUCUUAUGUCAUUACAAAACUGACUGAAGCAGUUUCUGAGUCAGCGACACAACAAAACUGUAAACACAACCUCAUUAGUUGGGAGUUUUCAUGAGUUCCUCCAUCAUCACGCCUACAAGUUUAACUGAAGCAAUAAUUCAACCUGAUGGAAGUUGCCUAUGAGAUCAGACAAGUAUUUGCUUCCUCUGGAGGGAAUGAGGUUCGACAGGUUAGCAGAUAAUUUCAAAGUGACAGACUUUCUCCUCAGUGUAACUGAGUUCCACCUCUGAGUUCUGCCACUGUCAACAGGCGUGGUUUACUGUUUGAAAUUCUGCUCUGGCCACUUGUAGAUUCUUUUAUGAUGUAAGUCACGGGGGACAAAAUUCACAGCCCUUGUUCUGCCUAUUGUUUCUCGUUGUUUUCUGCUAAUACUGUUUAUAGAAAUGUACAGAAGUAGACUGGGUAAGUAUUUUCCAAUUUCAGUGUUUCCUUGGAGUCUGUGCUUUUUGAGCAGCAGUAGAUGUAAUAUGGUUAAAGAAGGGGACUUCUGUGCUGAAAAGGCUGAUAGUCAUACAUAUAUGUAGUCAUUUAUAGUCAUGUUAUGUGUCAUAUUCAAAUGAACAAAGUGUAAUUAUCAUCAGAUUAACUUCUGAAUAGGUUUUGCUGGAGUUCGACCCUAGUGAACAUUUAAGGCUGAUAACAGUUUGGAGUGUGGAAAAGCAGAUCACUGAGUGAUUCAUAUAAUUAGCCAUUAUUGUUCCCUCCUUGAAAAAAAAAAAGAUAACUGACACAUUUUACAUCCUCACAUUUUAGAAACUACAUAAUUGUUGAAAUAAACAUCAGUGAAUGAAUUCUAUGGAUUUAUAUGUUAGGACACAAAAAAUCUGGUCCAGAACAGGUUAUUAAAAUUAUUUAAUUCUAAUUUCAUGUGUAAAACACCACAUAAUAUUUUCCAGUGUUUCAUUAUUUACUGA